AUGCCUCCAGUAGUGGUGGAAACUCGAACAGCCAUGGCGUCUUACGGUUGCAGAAUUCCUGCCAGAGCCCUCGUAAACAGAUCGAAGACUUCUUCUUUCUCACGAUUCUCAUCCGCGAAUACCCGUUUCCUUCCCUCCAAUUCACUCCGUCAGUUUCGUGCAAUGGCGACCAUUUCCGAAGUCUCCUCGCCAUUCAAGAAAGUCCAGAUUGAAAGAGAUAACUCGACAUUCUCCGCCUAUGUCAUUGGGAGAGAUGAUGCACCGGGGAUUGUUGUGCUUCAAGAAUGGUGGGGUGUUGAUUUUGAGAUCAAGAAUCAUUCCCAGAAGAUUACCCAGUUCGAUAAGGGUUACAAAGCAUUGAUACCCGACUUGUACAAAGGGAAGGUUGGUCUAGGUGCUGCUGAAGCUCAACACUUGAUGGAUGGUCUUGACUGGAAAGGUGCGGUAAAGGAUAUUGAAGCCUCUGUCAACUGGCUCAAGGAAAAUGGUUCUAAGAAGGUUGGUGUUACUGGGUUUAGCAUGGGUAGUGCCCUAGCUAUUGCAAGUUCUGUAUUGGUCCCGGGGGUUGAUGCUGUGGCAUCAUUUUAUGGAGUGCCUUCACCUGAGCUUGCCGACGUCACCAAAGCUAAGGUACCCGUGCAGGCUCACUUUGGUCAACGUGAUACCUUUGCUGGUUUUUCGGAUGUUGAGACAGCAAAACGUUUCGCAUUUGAAGUGAGGGUUGUCGAACAUGAGGUGUUCAUUUAUAAGGGAGUCGGGCACGCCUUUAUGAACAGGUCCCCUGAAGGGAUUGAGAGAAAGAUAAGGAUGGGAAUAAAUGAUGAAAAUGCUGAAGCAGUAAGUAACUUGGCAUGGCUCCGUUUUCGUGCGUGGAUGGCCCAUUACUUGUCGGGCUGA